AUUCUUUCUUAACAGGAAGACAAGAGGUAGAAAAAAGUUGCUAUUAAAACACAAAUUGAAAUCAAAGACACUGUUUGCUAUUAUAACUAUGCACAAAUAUUAUAAUCACAACAUAUUUUCACACAUUGCCCGUUAUUUCCACAUAUAAUUGGCUCGGGGAGUUAGUGCACUUGAAAUUGUACUUCCGCGUACAAUGUUUUUUUUACACUGACAUACGGCAACUUUCGAACAGGAAACCUUAUUAUACAUUUUUGCAAAAAAAUCGCUGUGCUUUGAGUUGUUCACAGUGAGCGAAACACAUUAUUUUACUACAAUUUUUCGAACUUCCUGGAGUUUAAGAUUUGAGGGCCGCGUGUGUUGUGGCCUCAGGGGUCCGAGACAACCAUGAGCAUCAUAGGAGCCGAGGACGAGGACUUUGAGAACGACCUGGUGACUACGGUGGAUGACCAGUGUAGUCACUUCAACAGCAUAGAGUUGGUAAAGACCCGACCGACUCACCUGCUGGUCUUCCUGCAACAUGUCAUCCUGCAGUUUGACUGUGCCCCUUUGUUGUGUUUCCUUCAUGCCGAACUCUUCAAGAACACCAACACCAAAGAGACCAGGAAGCAGUUUGUGGAGUUCUACAACACCUUCCUUGACAAGGGGGCGAUCCUCCGAGUGUGUGUCCCACAGUCCUUUGAGUUGGAUCGUACGCGUCCUGACCUGUUGCCUGAGGAUCAGCAGAGAAGGUUUGCCCAGGAGAUCCAGUCCCUGCAGGUCACUGAGGUUCUGCGUCAGCUGGAAGACUUUCGGCAGAAGCGGAUGAUGGGCAUGACCCCCAACGAGCAGGAGCUGGUGGAGGUGGAGUCCCACUACCCGACCGACCGCGUUCCCAUGGAGAUGAAGGAGAAGGCCGUGGCUGAGAACCUGCUGGACAGGAUGUCCGAGCUCCAACCCACCAUAGUCUCGGACGAGGAGAAAUGCGCUGCCAUCUUCGGAGCGGUGGCUUUCUACAUGAAGCACCUGGGAGUGAAGACCAGGGCAGCGGACAGCAAGAAGUCCAGGGGCUUCUUCAGGAGACCCCUGGUGGGGAAGAACAAGAAAGAAGACAAUCCCAAUCCCAAACCCAAGCAGAGUUUCACUAAAGUCCUCCAUGCCGCCGGAGGUUGGAUCGCGGGCAGCACUGAGGGCAAAGUGCCUAAAGUGGAAGUUGAAGUGGACAAGGAUAAAAUGUCUCAGGAGAGGAAAGGUUCGAGCGGGCCUGCCCUGCCGCGAGGCUCCGUCCUGGAAACCACCUUUCUCCCCCACAGGAAACCCGGCUCCUCCGGGAGCUCCGCCUCCCAGCCCGGCGCCGAGCAACCAGACGGACCAACUGUCAUCAGCGUGACCUCCAGCCCGGACUCCGCCCACAGCGAAUUGGGUGUCCCUACAAGUCGGUCUGACCCCCUGUCUGUGUCCGAAGGGGGAGACAUCUCCCCCGCCGGCCUGGGUGGGGGUCUGUCCAUCUGGGAGCCCCCCUCAGCCAAUGACAUGGCCCUGGAGGAGAGCCUGGAAAAGGACAGACGCAAGACAAGGAAAGUGUUGCGCAGUGAGAGCGCGCGGGUGGACCGCCAUUCCUCCCGUCGUCGUGGCUCCUCCCGGGCCAAACAACCUCGUUCCCGUAGCGACGUGGACCUGCAAGCCGCCGCCACGGCGAUGCAUCCCGCCCCACCCUCCCCCAAGCACCACUUCUUUUUUGACGUGCCGUCCCCCGACAGCGCUCUGCCUGGCCCCUCCCCAACAGGCCCCGCCCCCCAGCAGGAGGAGGUGGAGCCACGCCUCCUGGAGCUGGAGCAGGACCCCCCCAACUGGAGGGAGCUGGCCCCCGCUGACACCCUCUCACGACUCAGCAAGAAGGAGACCAAGAGACAGGAAGUCAUCAAUGAGCUUUACGUGACGGAGCACGCCCACGUGCGCAUGCUGAGCGUUCUCCAGAUGGUGUUCUCCAGGCCUCUGGAGAGAGAGAACAUCAUGACGUCCACAGAGCUGGCCACCAUCUUCCCCAACCUGGACGAGAUCAUAGAGAUGCACUAUGCCUUUUAUGAGAACCUGAAGAAAGUACGUCUGGAGGAUAACUACAUUGUCAGUUCCAUCAAGACCACAUUACACAACAGAUUCGGAGGCACGGAGGGAGAGUGGUUCCAGAAGCUGACAGCACGCUUCUGCAGUCACCAGACCUGGGCUCUGGAACAGAUCAAGAACAGGCAGAAGAAGGACCCCCGCUUCAAUGCCUUCAUACUGGAGGCAGAGAGCAAGCCUCAGUGCCGAAGGCUCCAGCUGAAAGACAUCAUCCCCACAGAGAUGCAGAGACUGACCAAGUACCCCCUACUGCUGGAGAAUAUUGCCAAGAGCACAGAGGACUCCAAGGAGAAGGAGAGCAUCCAGCAGAGUGCCGAGUGCUGUAGGAAGAUCCUGAACCACGUCAACGACGAGGUCAAGCAGAUGGAGAACCUGCUGACUCUGAAAGACUACCAGCGCAGACUGGACACCUCAGGGCUGAAGCCGAGUAAUGAACUCUACACAGAGUACAGGAACAUCGACUUAACGCAGAGAAAAAUGAUCUAUGAGGGGCCUCUGAUCUGGAGAGUGACAAAGGAGAAAGCUCUAGACGUGCAGUGCGUGCUGCUGGGGGACCUGCUGGUGCUGCUGCAGAGGCAGGACGACAAGAUGGUGCUCAAGUGCCAGAGCAAGAGCAACAUCGCCGUGCAGGAGGGCAAGCAGAUGCUCAGCCCCAUCAUCAAGCUGGACUCGGCCUUCCUCAGGGAGGUGGCCACAGAUCGUAAGGCCUUCUACGUGAUCUUCACCUGGGACAGUGGAGCUCAGAUCUAUGAGCUGGUGGCCCAGUCUCUGGGAGAAAGGAAGAAUUGGACCGAUGUGAUCAAGUCUGCAGUGGAUGAGCUGAAGCAGAGCGGGCCUCCUGUGAUCGAUCGUAAGAGGCAGGGCAGCCUGGCACUCGGGGGAGUGGUGUCUCAGUUCAACCCCAGCACAUUGCAGGCCCCUCUCAGUCCCACGGAGAACGGAGGGGACUCGCUGAAACCCAUCACUGACCGAGAUAAGGACAGCUUGACAGAUGAGAAGACGGCCGACUCGCCCCCUUCGCUGAUCGACUACCUUUCAGACAAUGGCUUCGAUCUGAUUGGUCACACCAACAGUGUUCAGGAGAAGGUGGCCAAUGGCGCACUGGACGAAGUCAUGUCCCUGAAGAGGCUAUUGGUUGGGAGCAUCAGCCUAUCAGAGGAUUCUCAUCUUGACGAGGAAAAUGGAGGGGAGGCGUCAGAAAGGAAGGAGCAGGAGUCCGAAGGCUGUCAAUCAACAGACAAAGACCCCCACACAGAGGGGGGGAGAGAGGGGGAAGAGGCGGGGCCAGGAGGAGAGGAUGCAGAGAUGAAGGGAGAGCAGCAGCAGGAGGAGGAGGAGGAGGAGGGAGGGAUCAGCGCUCCUCUCGUCCUGUCCCAGGAGAGGAGGGAAGAGGUGCGGAGGAGAUUCCUAAGUCUGGAGGAGCAACUGAAGAAACUGCAGGGUAUUGAGGAGGCUCACCACCAGUUGCUGGAGGCCCUGUCCAAGUUCACCCUCAAGAAGGGCAACUUCCAUUGAGAUGCGAUGCCCCCUGCUGGUGGAAAGCACAAGGAUGCUCGAGCUGUAUUUGGAGGAUUGAUUCGUAAUGGCUGGAACGUUCCGGUUACUCCACUCUGUGCUCGUGUGCCAUGCCUGAGCCCUCAAUGAAGAUUGACAAUAAGUCACAGCCAAUCAAGACGCUCCCAGACAAACAGACAGAGGGGACGAAUAAUUGUAACAAGGUGUGCUAGUGUGUGUGUGUGUGUGUGUGUGUGUGUUUUUGCUUUUUUGUGUGGGUUAUGCAAGAGCAAUAUUUUUGCUUUGAGUAGAGGCUGCCGAGGAAUAUUGAUUGUUACCUGCCUUAACACACACACACACACCCAAGACACUUGCUCUGGACAUGCCAGAUAUGUACAUAAACAGUAUCAUUGCCAACCAAAUGAGAUAGACCUAUGACCAUAAUAUGCAUGCAGUUACUGCUCUUUGUCCUGUAGAGGGCAGUGUUUAGCCUUAGUAGAAUCUACCCUAGCAGAAGGCAGAACCACAAUAGAUUAUGUACUCAAACCAAAGUAUAGCAGAAAUGCACUUUUACCCCUAUCAAAUUAGACCAACCUCCCUCAAUUCCAACCCUUGAGUUAUCAUUUUGCCAAUAUUUAUUGUGAUUGUAAUUAUCUACUGUAAAGUAUUUGAAAAAUCAAAUGAUUCUGUGUCAAGUACUCUACCCUGAUUAUUUGGGAGUGUGUGUGUGUAUGUGUGUGUGUAUGUGCGUGCGUGUGUGUGUGUGCGUGUGUGUAUGUGCAUGUGUGUGUAUGUGCGUGCAUGUUGAAAAGGCUAAAGGUCUGUUUUAUGGAGUAGUUGUCACGUUAAGAGAUAUACAACAUUUUGGCGUGUUUACUGCUUUUAUUUAUUCCCCCGGUAUCUUCUCCUCUAUAACACUGCUUUUGCACUGGGCCUGUAGCUGGGCUGGACAGACGGAGAGAAGGCAGGAGACUGACUUUUAUUGAGGCGGAAGCAGAAAGUGGAACAAAGAUGGGUGGAUUUUUUUUGCGGGGGGGGUUGGAAGUGUUUGAGUGAACUUGAGGCCUUGUGAAGUGAAUGAAAUGAGCUAGUUUGGCCAUCGAAGACGACCGCAUACUAAAGAAGAGCACAGAAGCAGAUUUGUGUUCACUGUUCUGUAGGAGCCGUCACAAGCAUGAGGUUUAAUAGGUUGUCACAAGCACACGCGGGAUAAGUAGGCUUACGCGCACACACACAUAUAUAUAUACACACACACUCACUGUAAUAUGCAUGACGUGGGAGUUCAGUACAGUAACAGUGUUUACACCGGCUAGUCAGACCAGCUGACGUCACACACCUCUAUUCUGUGUGUGUGUGUGUGUGUGUGUGUGUGUGUGUGUGUGUGUGUGUGUGUGUGUGUGUGUGUGUGUGCGUGACGUCUGUGGCAGUGACCAUAGCUCACCAGCAGAAGGAGGUGGAGAAGUUGUUUUAUAUAUAUAAUAUAUAUAUAUAUAUAAAAUGCUAUAUAAUAAAUGCUGUUCAAUACAUUUGUAGUCUGCAACAACAAAAGUUACAUUAUUCAGUGGUAGCAAUAAUUGUAUUGUUUUUACUAUAUUUUUUGUUUUUGUGUGCUUUUUAAAAUAUUAUUUAGAACAUUAUUGUAACUGUUUAUUACUUGGAGUACUUUCUUGCAGAGUAAAGGCAUUUAACUGUGGAUUCCGAAGCCGGACCAAAGAGAGAUAGCCAUAUACUAGUAAAAUCCUCAGUCGCUGUUAUAUAUUUUGACACGUAUACAUUGAUGUUAGCAUGUCACUUAAUGCUGUUAGGGGAGCCCAUGGCUGGAUGGGGUAGGCUGCUCUUCUUCUCUCCAAACUCCCGACACACCAGCGUCAACACUGAAACGAUUAGUCUAGGGAUAGUACAAAAAAAAAAACAGAGCUGAUAUGAUGAAAUGGUGUCACUCCGAAAGGGGAAGCCGUGAUGUUUUCCGUAGAACCAAGGGCAUCAAGACUUGAAUGAACAAGGCUACUUAAGAAGUGAUUUAUUUGGUGUACCCAGCCAGUUUGGUGUUUUAAUUUUUUAUUAUAUAUUAUGCAUUUGUCAAACAUGGAGUGUGAUCAGAUAUGUUUUAAUUUCUUGUUUGAGAAGAAAAACCAUGAUUGUAUCCAACUAUUGAACUGUAAACUGCAUAUUGGAUUAGUUGUUACUGUUCAGUUGCUCAAUGUAGGUUAACAGGAUAAGGUUAAACAGUUACCCCAACCAAGCUUUCUUCACCAUUGAUUGAGCAGUGAUCAGCAGGUGAAAUCCUGCGCAAACCAUUAUCUCUCUCUCUCUCCCCCGUGCUUUCACACCUAUCCUUGAUACAAGUACAUGAUAAUCUUGCUUGAUGAAUAUGUAUAAAGGUGUAUUUAUAGAAGGGUGCCUUGUUCUGACGAUCACGUUUUGUUGUAUCCACAAGACUCGCUAGGAAGCCCAUGCUUGUUAUUUGGUGAGGGUGGGGGUCUGCUAUGGGAUCAUGAAAUUGGCUGGUGACUGAAAUGAGCCUUGUGACUGAUAUGCAUCCUGAUUUCUUAUUGGUCGGUUUGGGGGGGGGGGGGGGGUACAGUUCCUUUUGGUAAAGUGUCUUUCUGAUUCUCCCCCUGUGGGUAUCUCAGGGGUAUCCACUCUGUAUUCUUAAUGUGCGUAUUCACCUCCAUGACUGCUGGAUCUCCAUCAGUAUGUUGUCGACUUCUGCCUGGGGCUUUGUAUAGAGUAGGCUGUAGGCAGUGACCCAGGCAUCGACCUGUCUAUCCAUACAAAUGAAUAUGCAAGAAUUAUACUGUGUAUUUGGGCUCUGAUUCAAUUGUGGGUUUUUAAUUAUGUAUACUUCAGAAGAAUUGUGGUACGUUUUUAUAAUUAUUAUUUUCGAAUACAUUUUUUAAAUAAAUGUGGGGGGGGGGAAAAUAA